UUUUUUCCCCUUUCUCCAACGAUAGACUAGAGAGAGAAAUUAGAGAGAGAAAGGAGCCCCCCAUGUGUCUGUGUGUGUAUAUGUAGCUGUAUACACAACCUCUCACCUCCAUAUCCAUUGUUGAGACAGAAAUCAAGCCCCAUUUUCUCCUCGAGCUCGCCGCCCCUCUCUCCAUCGAUCGAUCUGAAGAAUCUGCUACGAUAAUUAACUCUGGAAUUACCCCCCCUGGAUUUGAAGAAGAGUUGGUUGGAAUGUCUUCUCUCAGUAGAGAACUGGUGUUCUUGAUCUUACAGUUCCUAGAUGAAGAAAAGUUCAAGGAAACCGUUCACAAGCUUGAGCAAGAAUCUGGCUUCUUCUUCAACAUGAAGUAUUUUGAAGAUGAAGUUCACAAUGGGAACUGGGAUGAGGUUGAAAAAUACCUCUCUGGUUUCACUAAAGUAGACGACAAUCGCUAUUCAAUGAAAAUCUUUUUUGAGAUUAGGAAGCAGAAGUACCUCGAAGCAUUGGAUAAGCAUGAUCGGUCCAAGGCUGUCGAGAUACUUGUAAAAGAUCUUAAAGUAUUUGCAUCGUUUAACGAAGAGCUUUUUAAAGAGAUAACUCAGCUGCUGACGUUAGAGAAUUUCAGGGAGAAUGAACAGCUAUCAAAGUAUGGAGAUACAAAAUCUGCACGAGCCAUUAUGCUUGUUGAGCUGAAGAAGCUAAUAGAGGCAAAUCCAUUGUUUCGUGAUAAGUUACAGUUUCCGAACCUUAAGAACUCAAGACUGCGAACACUAAUCAAUCAAAGCUUAAAUUGGCAGCAUCAACUCUGUAAAAAUCCUAGGCCGAAUCCAGAUAUUAAAACACUUUUUGUGGAUCAUUCAUGUGGACAACCAAAUGGUGCACGCGCUCCCUCUCCAGCAAGCAAUCCACUGCUUGGAGGCGCAGUACCAAAACCGGGUGGCUUUCCUCCAUUGGGUGCACACGUGCCCUUCCAGCCUACUCCAGCACCAGUUCCAACACCCCUUGCAGGUUGGAUGUCUAAUCCACCUACUGCAACCCAUCCAGCUGUCUCUGGUGGACCUAUAGGUCUUGGUGGCCCACCUAUUCCAGCUGGACUUAAACAUCCUAGGACUCCGCCAACAAAUCCUUCUGUUGAUUUUCCAUCUGCUGAUUCUGAACAUCCUAGUAAAAGAACCAGACCUAUGGGAAACGAUGAGGUUAAUCUUCCUGUGAAUGUUCUCCCUGUGUCAUUCCCGGGGCAUGCACAUAGCCAAACUUUUAAUGCAACAGAUGACCUGCCCAAGACAGUUGCACGAACUUUGAACCAAGGAUCAUCUCCUAUGAGCAUGGAUUUUCAUCCUAUCCAACAGAAUCUUCUUCUAGUUGGCACUAAUGUGGGAGAUAUUGGGCUAUGGGAGGUUGGUUCGAGAGAGAGGCUAGUUCAAAGAAACUUCAAAGUCUGGGAUUUGAGUGCAUGUACAAUACCUUUGCAGGCUGGUCUGGUGAAAGAACCUGGCGUCUCAGUGAAUCGCGUGAUUUGGAGCCCAGAUGGGUCUUUGUUUGGAGUUGCAUACUCAAGACAUUUGGUAAUAGAUGUGAAACCUAGAAUAACAGAAGAAACAAAUGACAAAUCAAAGAUUUGGAAGCUCAGUGAAAUUAAUGAACCAUCUCAAUGCCGAACCCUGAAGCUCCCAGAGAACUUAAGAGUAACAAAGAUAUCUAGGUUGAUAUAUACAAAUUCUGGUGCUGCUAUAUUGGCUUUGGCUUCGAACGCAAUCCAUUUACUCUGGAAGUGGCAGAGGAGUGACCGUAAUUCAAGUGGAAAAGCAACUGCCACUGUUUCACCGCAAUUAUGGCAACCAUCAAGUGGCAUUUUGAUGACCAAUGAUGCAGCUGACACAAACCCUGAUGAAGCUGUUUCUUGCUUUGCUUUGUCAAAGAAUGAUUCUUAUGUAAUGUCGGCAUCUGGAGGAAAGAUAUCUUUGUUCAAUAUGAUGACUUUCAAGACAAUGACAACCUUCAUGCCUCCGCCACCCGCAGCAACAUUUUUAGCAUUUCAUCCUCAGGAUAACAACAUAAUUGCAAUUGGGAUGGAUGAUUCUACGAUUCAGAUAUAUAAUGUCCGAGUAGAUGAGGUCAAAAGCAAGCUUAAAGGUCACUCUAAAAGAAUUACUGGACUUGCCUUCUCCAAUGUUUUGAAUGUUCUAGUUUCAUCAGGAGCCGAUGCUCAGAUAUGUGUGUGGAGUUCGGAUGGAUGGGAAAAGCAGAAAUCAAGAUUUUUGCAACUACCUCCUGGGAGGCCACCGACAGCACAGUCAGAAACUCGUGUACAGUUUCAUCAGGACCAGAUUCAUUUUCUGGUUGUACACGAGACUCAGCUUGCCAUAUAUGAAGCAACAAAAUUAGAAUGUGUGAAGCAGUGGGCUCCACGAGAAUCAGCUGCCCCGAUAUCUCAUGCGACGUUUUCCUGUGAUAGCCAGCUGGUAUAUGCAAGUUUUCUUGAUGGAACAGUGUGCAUAUUCACUGCUUCACACCUCCGCUUACGAUGCCGCAUUAAUCCUUCCUCGUAUCUUCCCUCAAGUGUCAGCAGUUCAAACGUGCACCCUCUUGUGAUCGCUGCACAUCCACACGAGCCAAAUCAGUUUGCGCUGGGUCUAUCAGAUGGUUCAGUUCAUGUAUUUGAGCCGCUUGAAUCUGAAGGUAAAUGGGGUGUGCCACCACCAGCUGAAAACGGGUCUGCCAGCAGUGUACCAACCACUCCUUUAGUCGGGGGAUCAGCCCAAGAUCAAGCACAAAGGUGAUAUCCAGAAAUUAGACAAGGUUGCGAAUCGCGAUAGGUAACGUUGCAUUCUCCACUCUCACCUUAUUAUAACCUUGAGUUGCGGUUUGGGUGGAGAAUGUUGGUAGUGACAAAGUAUUUAACAUACCUGUACAUUAUUAUUCUGGCACUCCACAACAUAUUCUUCGACUUCUUUGUCUUCUUCGUCUUUAUCUUUUUCCGACUGUUGGGAGCUGGGUAUGUAAUUAACUUGCACCUUAGGCUCAAACAUGCCAAUUUAAUUUGCCGCAUUUUGGGUAAAACAUAUGAUGUAAGAUGAAUUGGUAGCUACAUUUUCUAGACUAGUGGUAGUGACAUAAAUUCAUUUUGUUGUUA